AUGCCAACCACUUCAUAUUCAAAUCUUCCAACGGAAGUUGGCAGUCCCAUCCCAACCAAUACACCACACGCUAUCUCCGUAGCGCUUCCAACUUGGCAAGAUAAUGUAGACUAUGAAGAAGGCCGUGAGAGGGUUGUAAAUCGAAUGUUAACGGGGUAUCCAAGGUUUUUUAUUAAUAAACAAAUCGAAAAGUUAAUGUCAAUAUGUGAAGAAAAAUUUGCAAAACCAUCCGAAUCGAGUUUAUUAUUUCCUAGUCGCAAAGUUACGGAACGUUGCCGAGCUUACUUGCGCCGAUACUAUGAGUCUAAUAAUCCUAAUUGUUUUCGUUUAGCCGAAAUCAUUGUAACACCGGAUCAAAGCAAAUCAUUGACUCAAGUCAAUAUCACAUUGCAUAUAAUUUUUUUUCCAAAAGAAGCAUUCUCUGUGGCAAAGUCCUUUUGGCAACAUACAGGAGAUGGUAUUAGUUCUCGCUUAGCCGAAUAUGUACUUAAUAUACUGCAAACAAAGUCCAAUGAACAAUAUACCAAAAACCUUUAUAAAGUUUCUACGAAAAGAGCAUCAUUUUGUAAACGAUAUUCCAGUAUACAAGCAUCAAGCAGCAGAAAUUUGGAUUGUGAACCCAAGGGAACUUUGUUCACAGAUAUUACGUCGAUCAACGAUUCUACUUUUGUUGAGCAGAACUUUUAUGUUGAAGAACGUUAUGGUCGUAAUUUACCUAUAUCAUUUGCUGAAAAGGCAAAGCUUGAACUUAAGCGAAGAAUUGUUAGUAGCCUAAAAAUUGACGAGGAAUCAUCUAUUCCAACAGAACGAAUAGUAAAAGAUGUAACGGAAAAAGAAGUUUUUCUUUUUCCGAGUGGGAUGAGUUCUAUCUUUCAUGCUCACCGAUUUUUAUUAACAGCAUUUCCUCCGAGAAAAAGUAUUUGCUUUGGUUUUACAUAUGUUGAUACUUUAAAAAUCUUGCAAAAGUUUGGACCUGGAUGCUAUUUUUACGGCAAUGGAUCAUCAUCAGAUAUAGAUGAGAUAGAAAGUCUUCUCGAAUCUGGAGAAAAGAUUUUAGCACUAUUUUGUGAAUUUCCAAGUAAUCCAUUAUGUAAAUCUCCAGAUUUAAAACGUCUUAGAACUCUUGCGGACAAGUAUGAUUUUCCAAUUGUGAUAGAUGAAACAAUUGGGAAUUUUGUCAAUGUUAAGGUUUUUGAAUGGACAGAUAUUAUGGUGUCAAGCUUAACCAAGAUUUUUAGUGGAGAUAGACGCUAUUAUGAAGUGCUGAAAAAAGUCAUAAAUAGUGAAUAUGAAGACCUUUUAUGGGGAGAAGAUGCAAUUUUUCUUGAACGUAAUUCAAGAACUUUCAGAGAACGUAUUAUGAAAAUCAACGAAAGUGCAGAGGCAAUAUGUGAAUUACUUAGAAAUAGUCCUAAAGUCAAAAAACUUUACUAUCCAAAAUAUAUUACGCCUAACAUCUAUCUUCAAUAUAUGAUAGUUAAAGGUGGAUUUGGUGGAUUAUUUUCAAUUAUUUUCCAUUCAGAUCUUGCAUCUCAACAAUUUUUUGAUUCUCUCGUAAUUGCGAAAGGGCCAUCUCUUGGUACUAAUUUUACUCUUGCAUGCCCUUAUACAAUUCUAGCACAUUAUCACGAAUUAGAUUGGGCAUCAAGUUACGGAGUUGAACCAGGUCUUAUUCGAGUAAGCGUAGGCUUGGAGGAUAAGAUUGAUUUGUUGGAAAGGUUUCAACAAAGUUUAGAUGCUAUUACUGAAUGA